AUGGGUGAUAAGGAACGCCUGAUGCGUAACAAGCAACGUGCCGCAGUGAAACGUGAUGCAGCUGCAAGCCAUAUCGAGUCAAUUUAUGCUUUGGGUUUAUCUGCUUCUACUGACAGUUCUGUCAUUCCCAAAUUCCUCAUAGCCAGUGAAGAUAUUCAGAACCAUUGGGAAACGUUCACCCUUGAGAAUGACACCAUGUUAGAAGCUAUGAUUGAAUUGGGUACGCAUGGUGAAUUUUCCAAUAACGUUGAAUUGGAGGUUCGAAAUACUCUACUCGAUGUUAAAGCCUUGGCAAAUAAAUUCCGCUCUAGUUCAGAUGCUGGUGUUGCGGCUAGUGUCACUAGUAAUAAUGACAAACCGGGUUCUGACAUUGUUAACGAUAACGUUGAUACGGUAUCAAAUCCUACAGCUCAAGUAGGUCUUCUCAUCGCUAGUACAGUCCCUUCCGAUUCAGGUGUUCAGUUACCCAAGAUUCCAUUGCCUACCUUUGAUGGUCGCCUUCAAAACUGGCCAGACUUUAGAGACCGUUUAACCACUUUAGUGGGCAAUAGGACACACCUGAGUAAUAGAGAGAAGUUCUAUUACUUAUUAGGAUGUUUACAGUCUGGUCCUAGUGAUGUAGUCAAGGGUAUCACGGUUUCGGAAUCCACUUAUGAACUUGCUUGGUCUGCCUUAGUUCAAAGGUAUGAUAAACCUCGUCAGUUGGCUACUACUUUGGUUAAUGAAAUGCUCAAUGCUCAAAUUAACCAUCAGGAAUCUCCUGCAGUACUAAUUAAUUUUUUGAAUACCUUUUGUGAGAACAUAGCUCUUCUUCAGUCAUUGAAUAUACCUGAUUUAGGUUCAUUCCUGUUAUUUGCAAUAUCAGUUCGUUGUUUGCCUUCAACUACACGCCGUCUGUUUGAACAGGGAAACACGGCUGAUUUUCCUACUGUUGAUAGUUUAUUAUACUUUGCCAAAGAUAGGGUAGAGGUGUUGGAAAACUCUGGUUCAUCUUUGAUCCAGGCCACAGUUAAGCCUCAAGCAAAGCUCGUCUUCAAUAAACCUAAGCAUACAAAUUCCAAGCCAAACCAAUCGGGCUCUAAGGCUCCUCGAAGCCAUCAAGGUUCUCCAGUGGCGUUAUUUGCUAACAAACCAGCUGGAGAGUCUCAUCGUUGUGAGCAGUGUAACGGUUCUCAUUCUUUAACGUCAUGCUCUACCUUUAAGGACUUGUCGAUCGAUGAUCGCUACGCUUUAGCGAGCAAGCACAGGUUGUGCAUGGUUUGUUUCGGUAGCAAUCAUUGGGCAAACAAAUGUAAAUCCUCAUGUUCUGUUUUUCACGGUCGUCAUCACCAGCUGUUACAUCGAGAUAAUUCCCAUGCCAAGAUACCUCCAAGCAAGGACCCUGUUGCAUCGUAUAUUGGCACUCAACAUUCCAGAUCUUGUUGGGCACCGCUUCAGUCAAUGUCUGUGAUGUAG